AUGCAGAUAAACAAUGUUAUUUACAUUGUUUUACUUAUUCAUUUAUUUCAAUAUGAUACAUUAGCUAGAAAAUAUCUUAAAUAUGAUCUACAAGAUUUCGAAAACCAACUUGAUAAUAUUAGAAAGCGAUUCGAAACAUUUGAUCUUGAAAACAAUGAAAUUGAUCGAAAUGGUCGUGCUGAUACUAAUCGUUGGAAUCAAUUGAACGAUAAUGAGAUUCAAAAUAUGCCACCGAUUGAUGAUUAUUCCAAUGAAAAAACUGCAAGACAUUGGCUCCAAUGGUACUCACGGAUAUCACAACGAUAUUAUCAAAUCGAUACUGUUCUUGAAUGGAAUUAUGAAACAAAUAUAACUGAAGAAAAUGAACAAGCAAUAUCUAAACAAAGUCUUAUCUCGUCUCCAUUCGAUCGUUUAUCAUUGCCGAUUGCAAAACGAUUUAAUGAACACAUGAAAUAUUCUCGAGAUGAAGAUUUAAGAGUUAGUUUUGGUCGUUUAUCUAAAAAUCUAAUAAGUCCUAAUGAUGAAGACGUAAAACAGGCAUCGAAAUUGAGUUCCGAUUUAUCAAGGGUUUACUCGACAACGAAAGUAUGCGAAUUAAAUAAUGAUGAAAUAUGUUAUAAUCUUUCGCCUUAUUUGGAACGACUCAUGCAAGUGGAAAAAGAUUAUGAUCGUUUAUUGUGGGGAUGGCAAGGUUGGCAUGAUGGAUGUGGAAAUAAUAUUCGUCCUCUUUAUUUGCCGUACAUUGAUAUUUUGGAUAAAAAUACGAAAGAAAAUGGUUACAAAGAUUUAGCUGAAUAUUGGAUUUCAGACUAUGAAAUGGGUAAUGAUACAGUAUUCGAAAGUAUUAUUGAUCAAAUUCUUCAAGAUAUUAUGCCACUAUAUGAACAAAUACACGGUUUUGUUCGAGGACGUUUAUGUGAAAUUUAUCCUAAUCGAUUCGAUUGUAAUGGACCUAUUCCUGCUCAUAUUCUCGGUAAUAUGUGGGCUCAACAGUGGCACGAACGUCUAGACGAUUUUAUGCCGCAUCCGGAUACACCACUUGCGAAUAUAACACGUAUAUUGGAGGAGAAAAAAUAUACUAUUAAGCAUAUGUAUAGAAUUUCGGAAAAUUUUUUUACGUCAAUUAAUUUAUAUUCGAUGACAUCAAAAUUUUGGUCAUUGAGCAUGUUUACAAAACCACCUGAUCGCGAUGUUGACUGCCAACCAUCAGCAUCUGAUAUGGGCUAUCAUAAUGAUUAUCGAGUGAAGAUUUGUACUAUUGUCGAUGAAGAUUAUCUUUAUACGAUUCAUCAUGAAAUGGGACAUGUAGAAUAUUAUAUGUCAUAUGCAAAACAACCGUUUCUUUAUCGAGACGGUGCUAAUUCUGGUUUUCAUGAAGCUAUCGGAGACACCAUUGGAAUGUAUGCAAUUUCACCGGCACAUUUAAUAAAAUUAGAUUUUAUUGAUGAAGAAACAAUAACUCGACAUUAUGAGAUGAAUUUUUUAAUGCGUAUGGCUUUACAAAAAGUAGUCUUUCUGCCCUAUGCUUAUGUGAUGGAUAAAUAUCGUUUUGCUCUAUUUCGACAUCAAAUAAAUCAUGACGAAGAACUCAAUGCUAAGUGGUGGGAAUUUCGUAUCCGAUACGGUGGAAUUAUGCCACCAGUAGAACGAAAUAAUCGAGUCAAUUUCGAUCCAGGUGCAAAAUAUCAUAUAUCAACAAAUACACCUUAUGCAAGAUAUUUCAUUGCACAUAUAUUACAAUUUCAAUUUUAUCGUGGUAUGUGUAGACUGCAGGGGCAAACCAAACGAUUGCAUAUGUGUGAUAUAUAUGGAAAUAAAUAUGUUGGAGAACGAUUUAAAGAGAUGUUAGCAAUGGGAAAUUCAAAACCAUGGUCAAAAGUACUGGAAACAUUAACUGCGGAUACAAAAUUAGAAUCCCAAGCGGUGUUAGAUUUUUUUCAACCACUGCAUCAAUGGUUGAAAAUGGAAAAUUUAGCAAGAGGCUAUCCGGUUGGUUGGAUGUAA